AUGGCUCACGCUGCAAAACUUAAUGCCCUUACCGAUGACUUGAUCAGCGCUGUUACCCCAUCUACUCCUCAUGCCCGGCAGAUCAGACAUUUGAGAGAUUCUGCCCUGAAAACCUUCAAAGCACAACAACAUGUUCGUGUCAAUCAGUUUGAGAUCGAUGCACGACUCGAAGGCCUGCUGGAGAAGUUCUAUGUUCUAAACAAUGAUCACUUAGCAGAUGCUCUGAAACCUCGCCUUGAUGAGUUGGCCGCCAUACCCAACAAUUGGAGACCAGAGAGUCUAGCUCUUUUGCUGGCUCUUUCCGAUCGGCCAGCCGAAAAGACAGACAUUAACAAAGCUUUGGAGAUUUGUCCUGAUGAACCGGCCGAACAGCAAUUGACAUGGGCUGAAAUCAUCGCUGACGAUCCGCUUGACGAAGAGGGUAUCUGGAACGACGUCGAGUAUGAAUCCGACUACUCGGAGCACCGCGCACACAGCCUGAGUGAUGAAUCUGUUGCCGAACCGACAACGUCUACUUCUGCGUCAUCCCUUGGUGAACAAGAUGUUGCUACCUUGGCUCGCGCAUUCAUUGUUCCCAAGGAUCAUGAACUGCUGGAUCAGGUCAAGGAGCUACGCAACCGCAUGACGAGCAUGCAUUCCGGGUCAGAGCUCACAGAGCUACAAGUCAUUCGUCAAGUAUUACUGAUGCUCCAUGGGCUCCCCACAGAUCUGUUCGAAGCUGGACCUGGUGGUCGUAUCCGAACAAGGCACUCUUGUCGUAUAAUCAACAUCGCACCAUCAACUAUAGAUCACGUUCUCCAGGAUUAUGCCUCACUUGGCUCGCAGAUCGCCAUUGUCAGAAGAUUUGUUGCAUCCAGCCAGCAAAGCGUGGUUCUGCAAAGCUUCCAAGCUGCAGUGCAAACUCGACUGAGUGACUUCGGUCGAUUGCUAUCAAACAUCGAGCAGAACUUUCUCCAACAACAAACGUCGGCGGUGGUGAGCUUACUUCAUGUGUACGCUGAGAUUGAUCAUGUCGCUAGACCACUUGUUCGACUCGGAGGUCUAAUCCCGGACGAUGCCGCCAAGCAUAAUGUUCGAGCGGUGCAAUUGCUCAACAACCUGUUCAAACAGACUUGUAACCUUCAGCUCGUCGGUGAAGACGAAGAAAGUUCAGAGGUUGCAGAUCUUCUGUUCAAAUGUCUAGAGCCAUAUCUUCGUCCUAUUCGAUUAUGGAUGAUUGAAGGCAAACUUAUUGCCUCAAACGAACUGUUUUUCGUACGUUCUGAUGAUGAGAGUCCCGAUCGCGGGUCAAUCUGGCAUUCCCGCUUCACGCUGCUCAGACAGGCCGAUGGAUCUGUCUUUGCACCUGACUUCAUGCAAGGCAUAGCAGAGAGAAUUUUCAAGGCUGGGAAAAGUGUCAUGUUCCUCGAGGCCCUCGGUCAUCACCGAGACAUCUCUGAGCGUAGUGGACAUAGUCUGGAUGUUGCUCGAAUCAUGCGAGCGGCGAGCAAUGGCUUGCUACCUUUCUCGGAAGUUUUCAAGCAGGCCUUGAACAAUUUCACUGACGCACUAGAGGAGUCAGAGACACAAAUCCUACACCAGACCUUAAUGUCACAGUGUGGGCUCCAAACGACCAUCAGUGCGGUCAACCAUAUCUAUCUCGGUGUACAUGGUUCACGCUUCCAGGACUUUGCCUACGCCAUAUUCCGGCGUAUGGACCGAGGUAGUGGCUGGGAUGAUCGUUUCCUUCUAACAGAGUUGGCACAAACUGCUUUCGAGGCGACGGACGCUGUCAUGACUGACCACAUCAUUGUUCGUGUCAAACCCGGGGCUGAUCAGCAAACUACUUCGUCUCACGAUCGACGUGUAGACAUGCUGGGUCGUAUUGUCGUGGAAUACUCUAUCUCAUGGGCAUUGCAGAAUGUUCUAACCAAGGCGACUCUAGCAGCCUGCCAAAACGCUUUCACAAUACUGCUAAGGCUCUACCGAGCUCAGUACUUGUUGAAUCAACAAGAAUGGACGCUGAGCAUCAUGGCUGAUCGGUACAAGGAGCAAAGAGUCAAGGAGCUACUGGCUCUCCGCCAGCACCUAUCCUGGUUUGCGACUACCUUGAAAGGCUACGUCUGUGAGGUGCUGUCUGUCGUAUCAAAACAACUCACUACCUAUCUCGAGGCCGCGGCAGACGUGGAUGGCAUGAUUGCAGCAUUCGACACAUUUCAGCUUGACCUGACUAGCAAACUGCUGCAACAGGACAAUCUGGCACCGAUACAAGGUUCUAUCUUAGCUAUAUUUGAACUCUACGAGAAUCUCGCACUAGAGUGGAGGCAUGCCAGAUCAGUGUUGAGCGUCCCCAGUCUGCUCAAAGAGUAUAACAGGCAGUUGUCAUUCUUGCUGGCUGGGUUACGGAGUGUAAGCAGGAUUGAGGGCGAGCCAGCAUGGAUCAUGCUUUCUGAAAGACUUUCAUGGGGAGUCAUGACUGCAGAUAGGAAAUAA